AUGGAUAAGCUAAACUUGCACUUGAAUCACUUCUUUCUGGACAAAAACAAUAAAUCAAAUACAUUUUGGGACAAAGAUUUUAGAAAAUUGAUUUAAAAUGAAAGUAAUUUCACACUAAACAACGAUAAUUGCAUUUGCCUAUAUAAAAAGGGAAAAUAUUUCAAUAAAUUCAUUCCCAGAUAUUACACUAUCUAAGGAACUUAUUUGUUUUAUGGAGAUAAAGACUUAAAAGGAUUUAGAAAGUUAGAAAAUGUGUAUAUGUCAACUUCAACUGAGAAGACUUCCUACCCGUAUUAAAUUGAACUUAUGCACAAUCACAAUUAGAUUACCUUAUAUUCAAAUUCUGAAUAGGAUUUCACUUAUAUUAAGUUGAAGUUGGAGUAAUUCUGCAUCUUAAUAGGAUUUCACAAUCAGUACACUAUCAUCAAUCAGAUAGGUUUCGGAUCCACUGCUCAAGUCUUUAUCUCUAAAUCUUUAAACGAUGGUUCUCACUACGCAAUAAAAAGAAUUCGAAAAAAUUCAAAGCUGAAUCCUCAAUUUCUAAUGGAAGAGAUCUUAGUAAUGAAUGAUCUUUGUCAUCCAAAUAUAAUAAAGCUACAUCGAGUGUUCGAAACUAAUAGACAUAUAAACAUGGUGUUACAACUUGUGGAAGGAGGGGAAUUACUGAAAAAUUAAAGGUAUAGCAUUAGGGAUGCAAGAAUUAUUUUUAAAUAGUUGGCAGAAUGUGUAGAUUAUAUGCAUCAGAAAGGUGUAAUGCACAGGGACUUAAAACCUUAGAACAUCUUAUGCAAGACUAAUUCAUUAGACGUAGUAUUGGCAGAUUUCGGUCUUGCCACAUACAUUAAAGCAAAGUCUUACAUUUAUUAUCGAUGUGGCACUACAGGCUAUGUAGCUCCUGAAAUAUUGCAAUAUAAGGAAGGUACUAAGAUGUACACAGAAAAGUGUGAUAUUUUUAGUCUUGGAGUAAUUUUAUAUCAAUUGGUAUAUAAUUAGCAUCCAUUCAAAGAUGUUUAGAAGGAAAAGAUGCUUAAGAAUAACUUGCUUGUUGAAUAUAAAUUUGAUGAUUCCAUUAAAAUUCCAUAAAGUUGUAAAGAUCUCAUUUCCCUCAUGUUGAAACAAAAUCCAAAAUAGAGGCCUUCUGCUUCUGAAAUUCUCAAACAUGAAUUCUUUGAUGAAUAGAUAUUUGAACAUUAGAAUCAAACCAUAACUUUAUUAGAACCUUAAUCUGAUUAGAAACGUUCUGGACCUUCAUUGAGCAGCUACAAUGUCGAUAUGAAAUUUUCAACUCUCAAUAAUGGAUUUAAAUUAUUCGAAGAUGAAAUUGAUAAUGAUGAAGAACAAUAGAAUGGCGAUUUCGUAGAGACAUCUCCUCUUUGGUCUAAGAGAAUUGAACUACAACGAGGCCAAUCAUACCGCUCAUAAGCCAGUUCUAUUAUUAUUUAAAGAUAACAAUCUUAAGAUUUUAAGAUAAAAAAGUUGUCAAUAUUCAGAUCAGAAUUAAAAUAAUAGUCUCUCUAAGUUCUUCAACCCCAAAUGGAUAAAUCAAUUUAUGAAUCUCAAGAGUUCCAUUAAAUCCCAUAUAUUCCAUAAAAUAACAUGCUUUUGGUUCAUAAAAAAUAAUAUUAUUGAGUUCUGAAUUCUCUAUAUGAAUUAUAAAUUAAAAUUUGUGAUUAAUUAAUUAUUAAUC